AUAAUUUAUUUGCCGUCCAGACACAUGAUAAGGUGUAGCACUGCAAAAAUUAAACUAAAUUGGAGGUUUAGGGUUUUUAGAAAGGGAAUUGAAGUCCGAAUCGGAAAUGUUGAGAGUAAAUCGAGUGAUAAACCAGGCAAGAGCUUCGAUUUCGACUUGUCAAUUCCUCCUAAAUCUAAAUCAUGAACAAAAGAUUUGCCCUUUACCUUCUCAACAUUUCGGUCGGAAUUCCUCUAAUCGAUUCUUCGAUAUUUACAAGCUUGCUAGCAAGAAAGAAAUCGAGAAAGAACGAGCAAGACUUGCUGAUGAAUUGAAUAGAGGAUAUUUUGAUGAUUUGUCUGAGCUAAAACAACACGGUGGUAAGAUUGCAACGGCAAAUAAGAUUUUAAUUCCAGCAAUUGCGGCAAAGAAGUUUCCGGCGGUGGAUGUGAUAUAUUCUGAUGGUAGAGAGUCAAAGCUGCCAGUUACUUUUGAUGGAAAUGGAGGUGAUGCUAGCAAGCUGGCUGCCCCUAAAGCCUGUUUAGUCUGUCUAUCAUUUAGAGCAAACUCUCAGGCUAUGGUUGAUUCUUGGAGCAAGCCUUUUUAUGAAGCUUUUAGUGAGUCCAAGAAUGUCCGGCUAUAUGAGGUGUCUUUUAUAGACUCUUGGCUCUUAUGCUUGAAUCCCAUUAAACAGCUGCUUCUUCGAUUUAUGAGGAAAUCUAGUAAUGGAGAGGACACUCUUCAGAGACAUAUUGUUUAUUCGUUUGGCGACCAUUAUUACUUCCGAAAGGAACUUAAGAUACUGACCCUUCUAACUGGGUAUAUUUUCCUGCUUGACAAAUUUGGUAGAGUAAGAUGGCAAGGCUUUGGUUUGGCGAAACAAGAGGAAUUGUCUUCACUUCUUUCUUGCACAACAGUUCUUCUGGAGGAAAAAUAGGUAGCCUAGCAUCUUUUAGAUACGGUAUUAUUCGUAAUGGAUUAAUCCCCAAUUUUUUUCAUUCAAGGGAUACGAGUGGCAACGAAAAAUAAUGAUGUGCUUUGUUGUAAACAAGGUCCCGUUGGCUGUUUUCAUUUCCACUGAAAAUAUAAAAGGAUUUCAAAUGUGCAUGCAUAUAGCACUACUAAACCUCAGUUCAGUGCCUAAUUUCUUCA